GGGCUACCUUAUUGUGCACCCAUCUUUCCACAAAGUGCGCGGAAACUUUGUUUAUCUUGGUGGAAGAGAUGUAGGAUGCCGGGAUGCAUCAACCCCUUGCAUUACGAGGCCAGGGACAGUUAUACGCUUCCUUCUUGCAAAGAUGAAUGCUGACUCUCUUGAACAAAUUGAUUGGGCCAAGAGGAUGCUCAAGGGUCUGAGGAUCAAGGCAGACCACCUCAAAUUGGAAUACAAAAUCACCGACCUUUCUGCUGAGAUUUGCAGAAUGCAGGAUUUCAAAAUGAAGCCGAAAGGGGGAAAAGAGGAAGCUAAGGAGGUGACAGUUUAUGAAUAUUUCACGAAGCAUCGCAGUAUUGCUGUGACAAUUUCUGGAGAUAUUCCUUGCAUAAAUGUUGGGAAGCAACAUCCACUUUGCUCCCUGGUGGAGAACCAGCGCUACACCAAGGCAAUAAGGACUUGCAACUACAAGGGUGACGCUCUUCUUCAAUCUGCUAAAAUUUCAAUCAGCGAUGAGUUUAGUAAAGUUAAAGGUCGUAUCUUGCCAUCCCCACAAAAAUUGGCUAAACCAAUCACACUAAAGCGUUGGGCAGUUGUGGACUUCUCGAACCACUCUGGUGUCGCCAAGCUUUGUGAGGACCUGCAGAGGUGUGGGCUUAACCUAGGAAUUACCUUCGGUACACCAUUUGUGCAUAUCUUUGAGGAGGAUCUAGAGUUCAAAAAUGACCCUGCUCCUGUGAGUUUUGAGGGGAUGAUAGAAAAACUGAAAUCAGCGUAUCUAGAAGAUCUUCCUCAGUUCCUUCUCUGCAUUCUACCACAAAGAAAGAAAUCUGACCUUUAUGCUGGGUGUAUAAAUUCCUUAUUGACUAUGGUGCUUGACCCAUCAGCGCAUCAGAUUCCCACUAUGAUUAUCGGCAUGUAUGUCUCACCUGGACCUGCAAAUCUUCCAGCCAUUGCAGCGGUGGUUAGUUCUAGACAGGGGCCCUUCAUUUCAUGCUAUAAGGCAGUUGUUCGUACUCUGCCACCAAACUUGGAAGUGAUACAAUGUCUGUCCGAAAAUGUAACUAUUGCUAGAGAUGAGGGCCUUUUCAGGGAUGUAGCGCGUGAGGAGGACAAGACAGUCCUAAACUUAGAGCUUGAUCAGAUUAAAAAGGUUUGA